AUGAGUUCCGCCACUCAUUCGACAAUCAAUGGAAUCGAGGACAAGGACAAUCCCGAUGAGUUCGAUGCCCUCUAUGUCGAUCAGGUGAGCUCGUUUAAUCCACACACGAUUGGCGCGCCGAAAUUCAGUAUGGCGCUUCGUCGACUCAAAAAAUCCAUGAAUAACCGUAUCCGAUGGGUGAUUUUCGGCUUGACAUGGUUACAGUUGGGAAGCGUGAUGAACUGCGUCGAUGUGUUCUCGUUCUCAAUGGUUUAUAUGGAGAAGAAUGCGACUAUCAAUAAGGAGGUCGGUCAUUUAAACGUUCGCAAUUUUCAGGUAUACAUUUACACGAACGAAGAGAAAUCGACGUUGAUCUCGGCGAUGGCAAUCGGCUCAUUAAUCGGAAUGUAUCCGCAGAAUCUAUUCAUGCAACGCUACGGAGCUCGUCCGGUGCUCACAACGGCCAGUAUUCUAUGCGCAAUUUGCACAGUAUUUCUUCCUUGGGCUCUCGACACGCAUUUCUAUGUGGCGCUGGUAUUUAGGAUAUGUCAAGGAAUUCUCUAUAGCGCAGAUUUUGGAGUCGUCGGAUACGUGUGUUCAAAAUGGUCGCCGUUGUCGGAGGUCGGAUUGUCACUGGCCACUUUAAGUGGAUUCACCGCCUGUCGUGCAGUCGUACAGUUGCCGCUUGCAGGAUGGACUGUCAGCACAUUCGGCUGGCGAAGCAUUUACUACAUUCUUUCAUUGAUCCUCGUCUUCACAACAACCCUUUGGUUUCUGUUUUACAGAGAUGAUCCUCAAAAACACUCAAUCAUCUCAAGCAGCGAACAUCAAAAAAUCUUGCAUGGCCGCAAAAAAGAAGCGAAUAAACUCAGUGUUCCGUAUAAGAAAAUCGUGUCCGAGGCGUCAGUAUGGGCGGUGUGGUUGGCCGGAUUCGCCGAUAUCUUCGCUUCGUUCGUUUUUCUCGUUUAUGGUGCUCAAUACUACAAAUAUCUGGGUCUGAGUGCUCAAGCGAAUGCGUGGUUCAAUUCAGUCAAAGGCCUUCUGUUCAUUGGCGUUCGAAUAUUCGCGGGUCUCGCGUCGGAUCGGAUUCGAUUCCUUAGCGAAAAGUCGAAAUUGCGGUUGUUCAACACGAUUUCGCUGCAAAUCCCCGCGAUAUUCCUCAUCGUCGUCACAUUUCUGCCGCGCGAUCUACCAUAUCUCCAUAUUUUCUUCAUUACAUUGUAUCAGGCUUCAUUCGGGUUUAAUUGUGGAGGAUUUUACAAGGGAGCAGCCUUAAUAUCAAGACAAUUCUCGUAUGUUGUCAUCGGGUAUAUUCAAUUGUUCAAGUCAUUGGCGACUUUAAUCGAACCCUUAUUGUUUUCAUUACUGGUUUUGGCGACAAGUGAAGAUGAAGAAUUCACCUGGACCAAUUAUUUCAUGUUGCAUGCCGUUAUUUUAACAUUCGCCAAUUUGUUCUUCGUGUUUUUCGUUCAAUCGGAACCCGCGCGAUUCGUCAUGUCUUCCGAUCUUGAUCUUGAUCGUCGAAAACCAUGCGAAUCUUCAACCAACUGA